AUGUUGAUCUCGACCGAAUUGCCAGGGCCGUCGGCUGUCUUGUCGGCUUCAACUUCCUCGAACUGGUCAACGCCUGAUGAACUAUCCACCUCGUCGUCGUCCAGCAACAUUUGGGGCAGCCAAAUCCUCACCAUCACAGAUGGCCGUUUCACACACACCCUCUCCAUUUCUACUGCCUCAUUCCCCGCUGCCCUUCAGCUGCGCGAUGAUUUUCUCCAUGAUCUUCAAACCGCUGGUAGGGCCGAGCCGAUAUCCUCUCUGGUGGAGCUUUGGGCCCGCUUUACUGGUUUUACCGUGCGUCGUUUGGAGCAAUCUCCUCGUGGAUUGGCUGACGAUGUCUGA